AUGAAGCCCUACAAAGCUUUCAAGCCGCCAUCCUUCAAAUCGCCCGCAUUCACCAACAGCACACCUCGACCAGCUCCCGCCGGCCAACCACCAGCCAAGCGGCGCCGCCUGAGCGAGGAUGAUGAUGAGGGGGACAUUCGCCCGACGGUACGCGCUGCGCCGGUGGACUUGUUGAGGAAGCCCAAGAAGUUUGUUCCGCCUCCUACGAGGCAGCCACUUCAUCCCGUCACCAAUCCCAGCAGUUCCAGCCAGGGUGCCGUCGACUCCAGURCGACUACGAAGGUCUACUAUAGUGUCGUCUGGCGGAAGCCCACCAACAAGAAGAACAAGACGUGGGACGGUGAUGGAGUCUUGACGGUGUCGGGCUCAUCUGCCACUCUGCAGGACAAAGAGACAGGCAAGGAUCUCGGCCAUGGCACAUGCAGAGGCCCUCUUUUGGUUGGAUCGGAGAUGUACAUUGGUGGUAAAGAGAUUGAAGUGGACACCAUGAUUAGCAAGGAAGACUACCUGGCCGGUCGGCCUUUCCUUGGUGAGGCCAAGAAGGAGCCGACUCUCAAGGAGAUCAACGGCACGACUAGAGUCAGCAAGAAAGAACAGGCGGCGCAUAACAAGCUCACUGCAACUCAGAAGGAUCCUAGGCCGCCCUCGAUGAGCGCCAUUCCCUCUAACAGAGGCAAGACAGCUUUCAAGACGCCACUGAUGGACAAGUCUGUACAGAAACAGAGGCCUGAUGUUUCAAUUCCAGAACCGAAGCACAAGCUUGACGGCGAGAAUGUUCUCGUCAUGAAGCGACCAGGAUCGGCGCCAAAGGGCAAGCAAAUUGUGGAUGUUGUCAUUGAUCCGUUGCUCACCAAAGCUCUACGAGGGCACCAACGAGUCGGGUUGUCGUUUCUGUACGAGUGCGUGAUGGGUAUGAGAAAGGAAUAUACUGGGCAAGGUGCAAUACUCGCAGAUGAGAUGGGUCUGGGCAAGACAUUGCAAACCAUCGCACUGAUUUGGACUCUCCUCAAGCAGAAUCCAAUUUAUGGUGACCCUCCUGUGGUUAAGAAGGCUUUGAUCGUCUGCCCAGUGACGCUCAUCAAUAAUUGGCGCAAGGAGAUCACGAAGUGGCUGGGCAGAGAAAGAAUCGGCGUGUUCGUCGCGGAGAAUCCCAAGUCUCGCAUCACUGAUYUUACAAAAGGAAGAUCGUACCAGAUCAUGAUCGUUGGUUACGAAAAGUUGACGAAGAUACAAAAAGAUCUUCAGAAUGCCGAUAUCGAUUUGGUAAUUUGCGAUGAAGGACAUCGACUGAAGACUGCUGCCAACAAAGCCGCUGCAGCCAUCAAAUCUCUUCGCACCGACCGGAGGGUGAUCCUGAGCGGGACGCCCAUCCAAAACGAUCUGAGCGAAUUCUACACGAUGGUCGACUUUGUCAAUCCUAGCGCGAUUCUGGACAAGUACUCGACUUUCAAGAAGCAAUUCGAAAUGCCAAUACUAAAAAGCAGGCAACCAGGCGCUUCAGCGGACGAUUUGGAACUGGGCGAGGCUCGUAGCAAGGAAUUGGCAAAGAUCACAGGCCAGUUCAUUCUGCGCAGAACGUCUGAGAUUCUGUCCAAAUACCUGCCACAGAAGACUGAGCACGUUGUCUUUUGUAGACCUUCAUCCCUGCAAAAAGGAUUCUACCGCCACAUCGUGAACACACCAGCCUUUUUAUCCGGCAUGACUUCUCCAGGCAAUGUGCUGGAGCUCAUCAACAUCCUCAAGAAAGUCUGCAACGCUCCGCAGCUGUUGGUCAAGACCGGCGACGGCGAGGAGAUCAAAAGGCCCGAGCUAAUUGCAGGCAUUCCGCGAAGUCAACUCAGAACACCUGGAACGUCUGGCAAGCUAGGAGUCCUGGACGAUCUUCUGGUCGAAAUAUACCGCACAACCGAGGAGAAGGUCGUCCUGGUCUCCAACUAUACCGCGACAAUGGACAUACUGGCGGCAUUCAUCACAUCCCUGGGAUACAGUCAUCUUCGCCUGGACGGAUCAACACCACCCAACAAGCGACAAGAACUCGUGGAUCGCUUCAACAGGUCGCCCAAGAGCAAUUCGUUCGUGUUUCUGCUCUCUGCGAAAGCAGGAGGCGUCGGUAUCAACUUGAUCGGAGCGUCGCGACUGAUUCUCUACGACUGUGACUGGAACCCUGCCGUUGAUUUACAGGCCAUGGCUCGUGUACACAGAGAUGGACAGAAGAAGGAUUGCUACAUCUACCGUCUGUUGACGCAGGGAACAUUGGACGAGAAGAUCUUCCAGCGACAAGUGAGCAAGACCGGCCUUGCCGACAGUAUUGUGGACGGCAAGUCCGCCGCCAGCGGGUUUACGCAACAAGAGCUUCGUGAUCUUUUCACGCUGGACGAAGGUGAUGACUGCCAGACGCACAAGCUAUUGGGCUGUGAAUGCGGCGGCAGCGGCUUGCCAAUCAUUGAGGACGAGACCUCGCCUCGUAAUGAUCUGAGGUCACUCAACGAAGAGAGCGAAGAUGGCAAGAUGGAUGACUCUGGAGAUCCUUCGGCCGACGACGAAUGUUCAGCUGCCAGCGAACUUCUCAAGAAGGAAGAUCCUGAAGAUAUCCCGGGUGGCCCAUUGCUGAAGAGGUCUAUCAAGAAAGAAGAUUCAGAGGACGAGGAGGCGGAAGACGACGAUCCACCGCGAAAAUUCAGGAGACUUGACAGCACAGCACCCGAUGCGACAUUGGCUGCUCCUCGGCRCAAAGCGAGCGAGUUCCACGACUCUGCCCGCAACGACCUUGCAGACCUUAGCGAAGCUGUCGAUAAGGAAGAGUCAGAUGAUGAUAGUGUGAAGUAUGUCCCGCGCAAAUUCAACAAACUAUGCAGCUCAGCCGAUCAGGCAGCACUGGCUGCAAUCGAGCACAAGUCGAGGAAAUCAUGCGACUCUGCAGGCAAUGCUAAGUUCUUGAGUCUCAUGAGAUAUACUCACUUCGAUACAUCUUUUGUCAGCAAAGUAGAUGAGGGUACUCCCGAUGAGUCCGGACAUGAUGCGCUGAAGCUUGCGAUUGACGAUGAAGUGUUACAAAAAGUCAUACGCAAAGAAGGACGGCGAAUUGGCUUCGUUCUGACGAAGAUGGGUCACGACCACGAUCACGAUUCCAAGUGA